AUGGAGAAGGGCACUGGGAACUCUUUGGGAAGCCCAGUGCGUAGGACCUUCUCAUCUCAGCCUAUAUACAGCACUAGGGCUGCAUGUGGGAAGGCCUCUGUCUUUGUUCCUGGCUUUUUCAGAAACAAAUACCUAGAACAUUCUCUAAGGAGGGGAGAGGUCAGUUCCCUCAAGUUUGCCUGCCCUUGGCCGGGACAGUCCACUGUCACAGGCUGGAAGCUGUCCUUCCAAACCUUCGCCCGGCAGCUCACCCCGAAUCUGCUGACUCCCUUCUCAGGAACCCGCUGGAUGCUGCAGACCGUCCCACGGGUGUUAAAGGUUGAAAUGGGCCUCUUCCUUGCCCUCCAGCAAAGCUGGUCUCAGCCUUUAAAGCAGCAGCCAGAAAGUAUCGAUCUAGAAGCAAAAUCAGUUCAGCCCCACCUGAACGAGAAUGUGAAUUUCUUAGCUCUUCCCUCACCCCCAAAAUAUGGAUGCAGCAACCCGCAGGGAACUGUCCUCUGGGAAAGGACAAAGGCAUACCAGAGGGAAAGCAGCCCUGGAGUUCAGAAACUCAACAAUCCCAGUAUGGUUCAGAGAACAGCCAAGUCCGACAAUGUCCCCUGGAAGAUUCCAGCAAUGGGGCCUCUUAACUGCAGAGGGAAGAUGGAGCCAUCCUGCCCGGAGGUGCAGACCCAAGGUUACGGGGCCGCUCCUCAGCUCCCCCUGAGGAGUCUGUCAAAGAAGCCCUGUGAGAACCAGGGAAGCCUUCUCCACUCUGACCAGCAAGGCCCUGGCCGCGUCUCUGCCUCUCACAUGUUGAGGCGAUUAAGGGGCAAUGGCUGUGGGACUUCACACUCACUGUCUCAGCAAGAGACCUUGGAAAUGCCCACCGGGAAGGAGCCUGGAAGCUGGAAAGAGCCUGCAGGCUCUCCAUGUUACUUCUCCAAGAGUCUACCUGGAAGCCCAAAGAAUUCUUCACACUCUCUAUUGCCCUUGAGGCUCCACUCAAGUUUGCCUCCAGACCCCGAAAGGGCCCUCCACACAGCUGACUCAUUUGAACCCCAUCCUGUGCCUCAGCCCAUCAGUGAGGGGUCGCUUCCUCAGGCCUCUCUUCCACCGCCCAGCCCUGCCACAUGGCCCCCUGGUCCUCAGGUGACACAGCUCCAAGCCUCCUGUGCUCACUCCCACAGGAAAAGCUCUGCGGUGCUCACCUUCCCUGGGCUUGAGCUGUUCCCGGGGUCCCUGGUGUCUGAUGGAGAGGCCCAUUCCAGGCACCACCCACUUCUGCUCCUGAAUUCAGAAACCCAAAAACCAAGAUGGCCUUUCUCCAAGAGCAGAGUGGGCAAAGACAAACCCAAGUGCCUAUCCCGUCUGGAAAGCUGCCUGUCCCCCGUGAAGAUGACAGACUUCAGAGCCCGCGAGCUCCACGCCCUUCAGGAUAAAACCUGGAAGGAAGUCAUGGAAACACAUCAAAAACUUUCCACCGACCAAUUAGACUUGAGAAAGCAGCAAGAGGCCGUGUGGGAACUCUUCGCAAGUGAAUGCACUAAUUUCUUGGACUAUUUAUUAGUUCUUGAGAUGAUCUUCAUGAAUACAUUAAAAUAUCUACAAACUCAUGAGUAUCUCCUGGAUGUGGAUGUAGGGAAACUUUUUGCAAACCUAGAGGCGUUAAGUCAGGUGAGUUAUACUGGGAGGAUUCCAAUAGCUGUCUUUGGGCUUGUGAACAGUUCUUCGGAGACCUCCCUCCUGAUGGAUUUCAUUUCCGUGCUCACAACGGCCUUCCGAGGGGGAGUCUGUGAGACCCAGACCUGUUGCCCGAAUUCCUCAGCUGCUGUCUUUCAUCGUGAGAGCCUGAGGCAAAGAGAUGACUUGGGAAUUCAUUUCAAAGGAAAGCACCAUUUUGUUUUAUGGCGACGGCUGCACCUGCCCGAGCUGGGAGUGGCUCCACUGCCCGAGCUGACUUGGUAGCCCUUGUUACUAAAGAAUAUCUGGAAACGGAGUAGAGAUGCACAGAAAAUCAUGAUCUGUGCCAUCAAGGAAAAGGUGAAGUCACUCAGGGGUCUUGAAAGGAAAGUGAAGUGGCUUGACAAUUUCCAAAAAAUGAGACAUCUAUAGGAGAUUAGAGUGUGGCCUCCACUGUGGGAUAGGGAUAAAAGAUUUUUCAUUCCAGAGUGCCUGAAACAUAUUUUUAAAGAACACACAGCAGAAAACAUCUUGUCACCAACCGACAGACACUUUCUCUAUGAAGAAAAAUUAACACUUGCAGAAAGCACAAGAUUCCUACACGUUUACCUGUUUCUCUUUGAUGAUUUCCUCUUAGAUACGAAAACUAAGCACAACCAAAAGACACUCGGAGGCUCGGACACUGGUUCACUGUGUCCUUCACUCACUUCCAAGCUGCAAACAGUAAUAAAAGAGGGUAGUUCAUGUACAGUAGCUGAUCGGCCCAUUCCGCUAGACAGAUUGGUGGUCAGAAGUACUGAACCACUCCACGUGUCAGCGUUUGGGCUGAGAAAUGCUUUUCUUGUACAUGAAAACAGAUAUCGACAGUGUAUAGCAGCAUUCCUAUGACAAGCCCAAACAGAAAACAUCAAAGAAACAUGGAUGGCACAAAUAACAGCAGCAGUCUCUUGCUUCACCAAGAAUCAGGAAACCAAGAACAUAUCUUUACUUACACUGCCUGCAGAAUCCUCUGAAAUUUAG